UCCGGGGGCGGGGCGAGCCGCCGGGAGGGUCCUGCUUCGCCGAGCCGCUGGCUUCCGGGCUCAAAGGUUCUGGCUCUUCAGUGGUCGAGGCGGCCUCCGCCUUCCCCAUGCCCCGCCGGGAAGGGCACUGAGGCGCGGCGGAGUCCUGGCCGCAGAACCCGCCAUGUGGCUUUGGCUGCUGCUGACCGUUCCGCUGCUGCUGGUCUUCUGCAAAAGGCACCUGCUGCUGUCCGCAGGCAGAGCCCCGAACCCCUUCUCCGAGGACGUCAGGCGGCCCCCCGCGCCGCUGGUAACCGACAAGGGGGCCAGGAAGAAGGUCCUCAAGCGAGCUUUCUCAGCCAGCCGAGUGCCAGAGAAGCUGGAUGCAGUGGUGAUUGGCAGUGGCUUCGGGGGCCUGGCUGCAGCUGCGAUUCUGGCCAAAGCUGGCAAGCGAGUUCUGGUGCUUGAACAACAUACCAAGGCAGGAGGUUGCUGUCAUACUUUCGGACAGAAUGGCCUUGAAUUUGAUACAGGAAUCCAUUAUGUUGGGUCCAUGCAAGAGGGCAACAUUGGCCGUUUUGCCUUGGACCAGAUCACUGAGGGGCAGCUGGACUGGGCUGCCUUGUCCUCUCCCUUUGACAUCAUGGUACUAUUAAGUCCCAAUGGCCGAAAGGAGUUCCCCAUGUACAGUGGGAAGAAAGCUUACAUCCAGGGCCUCAAGGAGAAGUUUCCCCAAGAAGAAGCUGCCAUUGACAAAUAUGUAAAGCUGGUUAAGGUGGUGUCCUGUGGAGUCAUCCAUGCCAUCUUGUUGAAGAUGCUCCCGUUGCGCAUAGCUCAGCUCCUUGGCAAGUGUGGGCUGCUCACUCGGUUCUCUCCGUUCCUUCGUGCAUCCACCCAGAGCCUGGCUGAGGUCUUGCAGCAGCUGCCAGCCUCCCUGGAGCUCCAGGCGGUGCUCAGCUACAUCUUCCCCACUUAUGGUGUGACUCCCAGCCACAGUGCCUUUUCCAUGCAUGCUCUGGUGGUUGACCACUACAUAGAAGGGGCCUUUUAUCCUCGAGGGGGUGCCAGUGAAAUUGCUUUCCACACCAUCCCUGUGAUUCAGCGGGCCGGGGGCGAGGUCCUGACAGGUGCCACUGUGAGGAGUAUCUUACUAGACUCAGCUGGGAAAGCUUGUGGUGUCACUGUGAAGAAGAAUCAGGAGCUGGUGAAUAUCUAUUGCCCUAUUGUGAUCUCCAGUGCAGGACUCUUCAAUACCUAUAACUACCUGCUGCCAGAGAAUGCCCGCUGUCUGCCAGGUGUGAAGCAGCAGCUGGAGAUGGUGCGGCCUGGCAUGGGGGCCUUCUCCAUUUUUAUCGGCCUACGAGGUACCAAGGAGGACUUGGGUCUGCAGUCCACCAACUACUUUGUCUGCUUUGACACAGACCUCGACAAGGCGAUGGAGCACUAUCUGUUGAUGCCCAGGGAAAAGGCUGCAGCACACAUGCCCAUCCUCUUUAUUGCUUCUUCAUCAGCCAAAGAUCCCACUUGGGAGGACCGGUUCCCAGACCGGUCCACAAUGACUGUGCUGGUGCCCACCUGUUAUGAGUGGUUUGAAGAGUGGCAGGAAGAAGCAAAAGGAAAGCGGAGCAGCGACUAUGAGACCCUCAAACACUCCUUUGUUGAAGCCUCUCUGUCGGUCAUCAUGAGAUUGUUCCCACAGCUGGAGGGCAAGGUGGACAGUGUGAUCGGAGGGUCCCCGCUGACCUACCAGUUUUAUCUGGCUGCUCCCCGGGGUGCCUGCUAUGGGGCAGACCAUGACCUGGACCGUCUACAUCCUCAUGUGAUAGCCUCCCUGCGGGCCCAAAGCCCCAUUCCCAACCUCUACCUGACAGGCCAGGAUAUCUUCACCUGUGGGUUGAUGGGGGCCUUGCAAGGGGCCCUGCUAUGCAGCAGUGCCAUCCUGAAGCGGAACUUGUACUUAGACCUUAAGAAGCUCGACUCAAGGAUCCAGGCACAGAAGAAGAAAAAAUAGUUCAGUAAGCAACGAAUCUGAGGACUCUGGCUAACACUAUGGCACAACCCUUGACAUAGCCGUAAUGUCUUUCUGUACUGGUUCCUUCCUCACAUAAAGCACUCUAAUUUGU